AUAUUCACCGCUACAAAUUUCAAACUAGCAAAGGCAAAUCCAUUUUUGUCUCUCCGCCUCAGAGUCCUGAGGGUGACUCAGUUUUGUUCUCUGUGUGUGUUCUGUGUGAGCCUUUUACAAGGCAUUCAAAGAAAGGAAGAAAAAUGCCGAGAGAACAUGAAGAACAAGCAAUCCUGAGUGCACCAUUGGUCGACACCUCUGAAAAAGUGGGGUGGAAGGGAGGAUUGUGUGAUCAAGAAAAUAGUUUUAACAAGAAAGAAAUUGUCGAAGAAGUUAAGAAACAGAUAUGGCUAGCGGGGCCUCUCAUCUGUGUCAGCCUUUUACAAUUCAGUUUACAGAUUAUUUCUGUGAUGUUUGUGGGACAUCUUGGAGAAUUAGCUCUAUCUGCUGCUUCGAUGGCCACAUCUUUUGCAUCCGUCACCGGUUUCAGCUUACUGAUGGGAAUGUCAAGUGCAUUGGAUACAUUUUGUGGUCAAUCAUAUGGGGCAAAGCAAUACCAUAUGCUGGGUAUCCAUAUGCAGAGAGCUAUGAUAGUUGUGUUACUCGUAAGCAUACCUCUUGCAGUGGUCUGGGGAAACACUGGUCACAUAUUAAAGUUUUUAGGCCAGGAUCCUCAAAUAUCAGACCAAGCUGGGGUAUUUGCCAAGUUCAUAAUCCCAAGCCUUUUUGGGUAUGGCCUUCUUCAGUGUCAUGUGAGAUUUUUACAAAGCCAGAACAUUGUCUUCCCAAUGAUGUUAACUUCUGGAAUCACAACAUUAUUGCACGUCCUUGUCUGUUGGCUUCUGGUUUUUAAGUCUGACCUUGGCUUCAAAGGAGCUGCUUUGGCGAAUGGCAUCUCUUAUUGGAUCAACCUUCUUCUGCUUGCAUUUUAUGUCAAAUUCUCUACUUCAUGUAAGAAAACGUGGACUGGAUUUUCGAAGGAAGCCCUGCAUAAUAUUCCCAAUUUCCUUAAACUUGGAAUCCCUUCAACUAUCAUGAUCUGUUUGGAGAACUGGUCAUUUGAGAUGACAGUUCUGCUUUCUGGCCUUCUUCCUAAUCCACAGUUGGAAACCUCAGUGCUCUCCGUCUGCCUUAAUACAGCUGCAACUGUUUGGAUGAUUCCUUUUGGACUUAGUUGUGCUGUGAGUACACGGGUGUCAAAUGAACUGGGGGCUGGUCAUCCAAGAACUGCACGUUUGGCAGUGUGUGUCGUCUUUUUCAUGGCCAUAACAGUGGGCAUUCUGGUUGGAUUAGUCCUCAUCUUGAUACGUAACGGUUUGGGAUAUGCUUUUAGCAAUGAGAAAGAAGUGGUAAACUAUGUAGCAAGGAUGGUGCCAUUACUUGCAACAUCAAAUAUAUUAGAUGGGCUCCAGUGUGUUCUCUCUGGUACUGUUAGAGGAUGCGGCUGGCAAAAGAUUGGUGCGUUCAUUAAUCUUGGAUCAUAUUACCUUGUGGGCAUUCCUGCUGCUGUCUUAAUAGCGUUUGUUCUCCACAUCGGAGGACAGGGCCUCUGGUUGGGGAUAAUAUGUGCACUGAUUGUCCAAGUACUGUGUCUUUUCAUCAUUACCUGGCGCACUAACUGGGCAAAAGAAGCAAAGAAGGCCUUGGAAAGAGUUCACGAUUCUAUAAUCCCUGUAGAGACUGUCUCCUGAAGCUUCAGGCUUUGUUCUGUUAUAGCAGCCGCACCACUUCUUGAGCAAUAUUGGUUAAUGCAAAGGUCAAGAUUUUGGAAGCAUGCAUCCUAGAAACAAUGACAAACCAAAAAGCAAGCUCACAAGGCCCUCAACUGAAACUCUCAGGUUUCUAGUUCAGCUCUGCACCACAGGCUUGCAGAGGCAGAACUAAAUGGUCUCGUAGUUUAUUGAUCAUGAUUGAAAAUCCUCCUUCCUUCAAGAAAGAAUUACAAAAUAACAGAAAGUUGUGCUCAGCCAUAUUAUGCCACCAUCGGUGGUGGUAUCUUUAGCAGAAAAUUUCUGAAGCAUUCUUCAGUGGAGUGCUGGUAGUAUAAAGUAAUCCGAUAAAAAGGGAUCCUAUUCUCCAUA